AUGUAUUUGCUCCUGGCGCAGGUGCGCAACUACAUAUCUGGUGGAAAUGAGUUUGACAUAUCCAAACUUCGGCAUCCUGAUGCAUCUUCCAUGGUUUUGAAACCACUCUUUGAUCUUCUAUGGCAAAAGCGUCAAAUGAGCAGCAGUAUGACUAGCAAGCACCCACCGUCUUCCUCUCCUUCCACUGCUCCUCUGUAUUGUCUGAGAAUCGCCGACUCCUCCGAAGAGAACGGUUUUCGUCCUGGAGUUGGGGGCCGUGGCUGGCGAGUCUGCAACAAAGGCAUGUCUGGAGUCACAGGAAUGUUCGGUGGGAGUGGGCUCACAAAUUAUCGUCGAGAGGGCAAAGGGGGCAAGGCAGCACAAACAAAUUGCAAAGACCUCAAGGAUUACACGUGCCUGGCAAAGAGCGCCAAUCCUGACGAGCCCUUGACCAUAUUCAGGGCAUGCCUCUAUCUGUGCAGAGAUCAUGUAUCCCGCCUUACAACAAUGCACUCGUAUCUUUCUGUCCCUCGCUCGACACUGCGACUUGGUCCGCCGAACUCUGUUGAUGACUAUCUCAACCAGCGGCCAGUCACCUUGUUUAGCUCACUUUUGUCCCUCUCCCUCGCCCUGGUAUCUUUCUGCCCCUCGCCGCUACUGGUCCUGUUUAAAGAUUGA